AUGCCAAAGUGGCUCGCGGACGCUGUGCUGGAGGCUGCGCAGGAGACGCUGCGUGCGGCGGGCACCGCGAGCCUGGUGUGCCCCGACUGCACCUGCAAUCCCAGCCUGGCGUGCCCUGCCCUGCAGUGCCCGCCCUGCACGCUCGGGGGCGCGGUCAGCUGCCCGAGGGCGGCGCCCGACCUCAGCAGGUGGUGGAUCGUCGCGGUGGUGGUCGCGGGCCUCUUCGGGCUGGCGACGGGCUGCUGCGCAGGGGCCUUGUUCGGCUCGGGGCUACGCCGGGCAGUGCAUGGCCGAGCGUACUGGCACGAGCGCCUCCUGCUCUGCAAGGUGCGGGGAACGACCUGGGUCAUCGUCACUCCUGAUGGCGACGUCUAUCCAGAGGACAUCCGUGCCCUCGGGGGCACUCCCUGCCUGCAAGGGUCUGUGCCGCCAGCGAUCCCCGCCAACGCUCUGCUGUACAGGUUCCCGCCGCUUGGCCAGCUGUACACGGCGGCGGAGUGGCGUCAGGUCUUCGACGACGGGAUCGCGACCGCACAGAUGGAGAGGGCGGGGCUGGGCAUCGACGACGACGCUGCUGAUGCUGAAUCUGGUGCUGUGCGUGACCGGGUGGGUCAACAUGGCUGGAUCGCCGGGACAGGCCUGCCGGCUGGACCGCCGCCAGCUGGAGCCGGCCCCGGGUUGGGGGCUCUGGUGGCAGACGUGGGCGCCGACGGCCAGGCCGCCCCGCCUGCUGUGCCGCUCGCCGCCGUGGGUGGGGGCGCCGCCAUCCCAGGGGCUGGAGCAGCCAUGGGGGCAGUGGGGGCGCCCGGAGGCGGUCCCGCCCCUGGCAUGCAGUGGAUCGUGGUGGCGAACGACGGCCAGCCGGGGGCUCCCUCCAUCGGGUCCGACUGGAGCGUGGACGCCACGGCCAGUGUCAUGGGCAAGUUCGCGCUGGUCAGGCUUGGGACGGCCACCCUCGUGCUGGAGAACAUCGCGGUCGGCAACAAGAGGAAUGUGCUGGUCUCGAGGAAGGGCGAGCUCGAGCAGGCGGUGGACCGAGCUUUUGGGCACGGGCUGCCUGGAGCUGGCCCCGGAGCUCAAGCGGGUGGAGACGGGCCGGCGGCUGCAGUGCCGCUCAAAUCGGCUGACGCUCGAGUACUGCCCGUGCUGUGCGACCAGACGGGCCAGAGGUUCAGGGCCUACACCAAUGCCGUCGGGCUGCUGGAGGAGCCACGGUUCGACGACUUCCCGGUGGUUGGCCCAAGAACGACUCUCUGGCUGUGCAAGUUCAUCAGAGAUCAGGGGAACGUACCCCGCACCAGGACAGAAAAGUGGAUGCGAGACGCACGCGUGCCGGACAACGACAGAGUCAAGCACGAGCAUGGCAGUCUCAUGGAGAUUCUUGAGACAGCGCUCACCUACGACCAGCUGGACGUGUCUGCCCUCGCCUCUUUCGAGAUACUGUCGAGGAGGAUUCAGCUGCUGGAGGAGGCGUACACGUCCAACCCGAAGGCGCCGCGGUUCGAGGGGAGCGAGCACUUCCAGGGCCUUGGCAGGAAAGUCGCGGCCGUGGCGCCGCUCCUCACCUCGCACGUGGCGUUGCAGCUCCAAGGCGAGGCUGCGAUCCAGAAGGAACGACGCAAGGCCCGUGAGGAGGCGGCCCUUGCGAAGAAGGGCUAG